GCAGGUGCCAGCAGUGCAGCGAGGGGAGGACUUAUUCCAACUCCAUCAUUUCACCUAACCUGGAAACUGUUAGAAUCAUGCGGGUGUCUCAAACCUUUUCCGUGGGAGACUGCACGGCCGCUUGCUGUGACCUGCCCAGCUGCGACCUGGCCUGGUGGUUUGAGGGCAGCUGCUACCUAGUAAACUGCAUGCACCCAGAGAACUGCGAGCCCAGGACGACAGGCCCCGUCCGGUCUUACCUCACUUUCGUGCACAGACCUGUCCAGAAGCCGGAGCAGCUGCUGGACUACGGAGACAUGAUGCUGGGCAGGGGUUCCCCCUCUGGAGCUUGGGGGGACUCCCUUGAGGACCUCAGGAAGGACUUGCCCUUUCUAGGAAAAGAUGAGGGACCGGAAGAGACUGCUGAGUACUCAGAUGACUACAAGGAACUGGAGCAGGGCCUCCCGCAGCCCUCCAACCCACAGAACCCCAGAGGCAGCGCUGAGUACCCUGACUGGAGCCUGCUGCCAGGCAGCGAGGGAGGUUCCAAUGUCUCGGCUGCAGAAGAUAGCUCAGCUGCUUCUACAGAGAAGCUGCAGGACCCCACACCCGAGUCACUGGACCAGAGGCAGCUGGAGGCCCUGAAUGAGUCCACUUGGUCCCCUACGCCACCCCUGCACUCUGCAGAGAGUGUGCAGCUCCCCUCUGUGACUGCUUUACCUGCAGGAGAGGGGACACAGACAGAGACUUUACAGCUCCAAGAACAACGGAGCAAUAGCUCUGGAAAAGAGGUUCUAAUGUCUUCACAUAGUCCUCCCACUGCCAGCAUGGAGUCCAGCCCAGCCACGGUAGAGAAAAGCUCCGUUCUUACAAUCACUCCACGAAGCACAGAACACAGCGCCCCAACAUUUCCCACCAGUACAGUUCUCCCUGGGCUGACGCCACCUGCGUGGUCUGUGUCACCCACUACUUCUUCCAGGACAGUGAAGGUGCUGGCAGUGUCUGCUGGAGAUAACCUUGUGAUAACCUUACCAGACUGUGAAGCAGAACUGAAGGCCUCUGUUGAGCCAGCGCCCCCUGCAGACACAACUUACAGCUAUGAAUGGAGUUUAAUGAGCCACCCUGAUGACUUUCAAGGUAAAAUCAAACAAGGAAACAAGCCGAUUCUUCAUCUCUCUCAAUUGUCUGUGGGACUGUAUGCCUUCAGAGUGGCUGUUUCUAGUGAGAAUGCAUUUGGAGAAGGAUAUGUCAAUGUCACUGUUCUGCCAGCUGCAAGAGUCAACCAGCCACCUGUGGCAGUUGUUUCUCCACAGAUACAGGAACUCACUGUGCCUUUGACCUCAGCCCUCCUCGAUGGCAGCCGAAGCUCAGAUGACACUAAGGUAGUGAGUUACCACUGGGAAGAAGUUGACGGGCCUGUCCUAGGAGAGGUGUUUCCGGCUGAUGCCCCAGUGUUACGCUUGUUGAACCUAGAUCCUGGUAACUACACUUUUAGGUUGACCAUCACAGACUCAGAUGGUGCUACUAACUCCACCACAGCAACCCUCAUCAUCCGUGGUGCUGUGGACUACCCUCCUGUUGCCAAUGCAGGACCAAAUCAGACUAUAACUUUGCCCCAAAACACCAUCACUCUGAAUGGAAACCAGAGCAGUGAUGAUCACCAGAUUGUCCUCUAUGAGUGGUCCCCAGGCCCUGGCGGUGAGAGCAAAGAGGUGGUCAUGCAGGGAGCACAGACCCCAUACCUCCACUUGUCUGAGAUGCAGGAAGGAGAGUAUGUGUUUCAGUUGAUGGUGACAGAUUCCUCAGGACAGCAAUCCACUGCUUUGGUGGCUGUGAUUGUCCAGGCUGAAAACAACCAGGCUCCGGUGGCUGUGGCAGGCCCUGACAAGGAGCUGUUCUUCCCCGUGCAGAGUGCUACACUGGAUGGGAGCAGGAGCAGUGAUGACCAUGGCAUUGUCUGCUACCACUGGGAACACAUCAGAGGCCCCAGUGCAGUGGAGAUGGAGAAUGUGGACAAAGCCAUAGCCACUGUCACCGGGCUUCAGGUGGGUACCUACCACUUCCGUUUAACGGUGAGAGACCAGCAGGGACUGAGCAGCACAUCCACCCUCACCGUGGCUGUGAAGAAGGAAGAUAAUAGUCCUCCCAGAGCCCAGGCUGGUGGCAGACAUGUUCUUACGCUUCCCAACAAUUCCAUUACCUUGGAUGGUUCACGGUCCACUGAUGACCGAGGGAUUGUGUCCUAUCUGUGGAUCAGGGAUGGCCAGAGUCCAGCUGCCGGCGAUGUCAUCGGAGGCUCCGACAACCAGGUGGCUCUUCAGCUCACCAAUCUGGUGGAAGGAGUCUACACUUUUCAUUUGCUAGUCACUGACAGUCAGGGGGCCUCGGACUCAGACACAGCCACCGUGGAGGUCCUGCCAGACCCCAAGAAGGAUGGCCUGGUGGAGCUGAUCCUUCAGGUUGGUGUUGAGCGGCUGACAGAACAGCAGAAGGAAACCCUGGUGAGGCAGUUGGCUAUGCUCCUGAAUGUGCUAGACUCUGAUGUGAAGGUCCUCAAGGUCCAGGCACACACGGAUGUCAGCACUGUGAUUAUAUUUUAUGUACAGAGCGGGCCACCUUUCAAGGUUUUCAGAGCUGCUGAUGUGGCCCGGAAUCUGCACAGGCGGCUUUCAAAGGAGAAGGCAGCCUUCCUACUUUACAAGGUCUUGAGGAUAGACACAGCAGGAUGCCUUCUCAAGUGUUCAGGUCAUGGUCACUGUGACCCCAUCACAAAACGCUGCAUUUGCUCCCAUCUGUGGAUGGAGAACCUCAUACAGCGUUAUAUGUGGGAUGGCGAAAGCAACUGUGAGUGGAGUGUAUUCUAUGUGGCAGCAUUGGCAUUGACCCUGACAGUGGUAACUGGAGCAGUGACUUGGCUGUGCGUUUGCUGCUGCAGGAGACGGAAAAGGACUAAGAUAAGGAAGAAAACCAAGUACACCAUCCUAGACAAUAUGGAUGACCAGGAAAGAAUGGAACUGAGGCCCAAAUAUGGUAUCAAACACCGGAGCACGGAGCACAACUCUAGCCUGAUGGUGUCAGAGUCUGAGUUUGAAAGCGACCAGGAUACACUAUUCAGUCGAGAGAGGAUGGAGAGGGGAAUCCUGAAGGGUUCCCUGAAUGGCUCUGCCAGACACGGAGAUUCCUUCAGUUACUAUGCAAAGGACAGAUAAUGGGCUGUGUGUGGAAGGACCUCUUGGGUCUGUCACCCGGUACCAGACAGUGGGAGUUAAAACACAAAACUGACUCCUGCUCAGCAUAGCAUGUUAUCAGCCCUUCCCAGGAGCCUUGCUCUGCGCUCCGCAUACUUACUAAAAGACCUGGUCCUUGGAAUUUUCAAGACAAAACACAAUACUGCUUAUUCAACAAACGCUCAUUAAUAGAGAAAGGAGGCACAUAAAACUUCUGCAGAGUACUGAAAAGAGUUUUGUGUCUCUGUAGUGGACAUGCUAUUAUAUUUAUUGCUCAAGCCUCAUUCUGAAAUAAGGCUAACACUUGUUCCUACUUAGAGGAAAGACAAUUAAGGAGGGUUGAUUUCUCUGUAGAAGCUGUGACAGGAAGACUUUUAAGAAAAAUCUUCCAGAGGUGGCUUCUCAGAGGACCGGUAGGGUCAGCUUGUAGUUCAUCUAAGAGGCAGGAGCCAUCUGUGUGCAGCAGCUUUCUGUGUUGGCCUUGAUGCUUGUGAUGUAGCCAACUGCCGGCUAGGCUAGAAGUUCAGGAGUUAGGAAGAAUCAGGAAGCAAGGACAGUAGGCAAUAGAGAUGGGAAGGGGCUAAGGACUUGCAGGUUGAAUGUUGAAGGUAGCCUUUAAUAGUCUUCUCUUUCCGUCUUUCUCAUUUCUUCUCAUCCUCCCUCUCUAAGAAAAGGAAAUCAUGGUGGGGCUUCUUUUAGCCCUAGUGGACAUUAAAACUGACUGCUUAUUCCCUUGAAAUCUUACUGAGUAUGGUGUACCUUAGCACUGCCACAGAAAAGGGGAAGGAUUCAGUAACUGCAGACAUAUUCCAAAACUCUGAAAUAUGUUCUCAAUGAGGGGAGUGUGGUCACCAUGCUCUGAGUUCCUACAAAGACUUCCCAUGGAAAUAAUGGGACAGAAAUUUCGCUAUUUAUGCUUAAAAGUGUAUGGAAGGCACUGGAGAAAUGGCUAUACUUAAGACCAUUCACUGCUCUUGCAGAAGAUGGUGGUUCAGUUGCUAGCACUUACAUGGUGGCUUACAACCAUCUAUAACACUAGUUUCAAGGGGAGGGGCGGAGCCUUGCUUCUUCUGGCCUCCAGCAGCAGCAGGAAUGUACAGAGUUUAUACAUGUAGGCAAAAUACUCAUGUACAUAAAAUAAACGUAUUUAAAAUUUAAAAACCUAAGUCCUAUUUUAUUUCUUUAUACAGAAAGGAAUUAAACCAUGUCCUUCCACAAAGUGACACACUAGAGCAUGAGUUAACUGCAGCCUGAGACAUUGAUAGACUUGUGGUAGUUUGCCCAGCUGCCUGCAGACCAAGGCCGGUAGCCUUGGCAAUAUCCUUGGCAUUCAAAGAGUAGAAGAGCCCAAUACUGUGGUCCCAGCAUCUGGGAAAGAAGAGCAAGGAAGAGCAGGAGGUCAAUGCUAGCCUUGGCUAAGCAUUGAGUUUGAUGACUACAUGAGACCCUGUGUUAAAGAAUGAAGAAAAAAGGAGAAUCAGAACCACAACUUAAAGUUUAGUAAUUGUUUAUUUCUGGAAAUUUUUAUUUCUGAGUUAUAGGUAACAAGAUACCAUGAGUAAGAGUUCACUGUACUAUACUUAAUAUACUUUACUAGGGAAAUGGUCAAAUUAAAAUGUGUAGCAAUGUACUUUUAUUUUAAAAGUGAUUUCUUUGUUUAUGCCUAUAGUCCUAGUUCAGUAUUAUCUAUAUUAUCGUUAGAGGUAAAGUGAUUUUUUUAAACACUAGUAUUUAGUUUCAUGAAUAGAAUCUUCUCUAUCCUCCAAUUAGUAUGAUGCUAUUUUUUUGUGGAGAACUAUACAUUCCUGGCAUAGAGAAUGUGGCCCAAGACAGAACAAUAGAACAUAACAGUGAAGCCUGUGAAUACCUACUGCUUUAUGUAUGCAUAAACAUGCAUAAUGUAUUGAUUGCUCAUAAUUAGUUGACCUGUACAAUUAAUCUUGAAAGGGGAUAUUCCUAUGUCAUAGAUGCUCACUCAAGCAUAAGUGCUUUCCCCAGGGUCACAGUCAGCAGUGGAUUUGGGAGUCAAGUGCCAGGACCUACUUUCCAGUGCUUGGAUAAGUCCAGCCUUUAGUGCUGGAGGGCAGAUCCUGGUAAGCCUUUUAGAACCCUGAACGUUCUGUUGCUGGGGCAAAGAGGAAACCUUUGAGUGCAUGUGAAAGCUAAAGGCAAAGUGGGGGAUCAUGGACCCAGUCUCUUCCAUUGGCAUACACUCUGAGCUACCCCUCCCUCUAGGUUUGCAACAAGCUUGCUGGUUCUGUCCCUGGCUAUCUAGACCUGGCCUGUCCAAUCCAUUCAUCACAAAAGAACCUUGACUGUAUGGCAAAUAAGAAAUAAACAUCACAGUGGUUACUAGAAAAUGGAUUCUGUCUUGUGACCCACUUGAUUGAUACCUGAGGACCAAAAGAGCCACCCAGCAUUCAUCUUGUGCUGUUUAUACCUAGGGAUCUUAGGAUCUGAAGACACUAAGAACUGUUUGUAAACAGAAAAACAAGUCUCUAGAGCUAUGGUUCUCAACCUU